AUGUCGAGCCCGCCUCAGACGCCGACGCCGAGAACGGUCCUCCGGGGACGCUUUGGCAACCACAACCUCCCGAAAGGCACCCUGAGCCGCACUCCGACUCCGCCGGACGGCAUAAGGGCUUUCGAGGACGAGAUGCAACGCCCGGACGAGGACCGAGUGGUCUGGAACAGCCCCAGGCCCUCGCUCCUGCCGGCGUUCGCAGAGCACAUCCGCCGCGAGGCCGCUAGGGGGCCGCCCUCCGAGACGACGAUGUCGACGGAUGAACCCGCCACCCAACAGGACGAUGCAGAGAUGUCCGACGCCGAACCGCGCGAUGACGGCGGGGAUGAGGACGAGGAGGCCACCGACAGCGAGCAGCCUCGCAAGGUGGACAAGGGCAAAAGGCGCGAGCACCCGCCGCCCUCGAGCCUCCCGGACACCCCCUCACCCGCACCUUCAACGACCAUCCCCGAGACAGUCCGCUGGCCGUCCCCUGCAUCUGACCGCGGCGAAGGAGAAGCCAAGACACCGCGCAGGAUCCCCGCCACGAACCCGCUCCCCCGCCGCAUCAUAUACUCGCAGCCCUCUGGCUUCCCUAGCGGCUUAGGGACCCGCUUCAAGCCAGGGCACGCCCCGGAGGGCGGGCUAGCAGGCAGAGACAGGUUCCUGCGCGAGGAAGACGAGCGAAAGGGUAGGAAGAGGGCCAGAUACGUAUCCCCGCCGCCGCUCCCGCGUUUCCUCUUCCCGACCAGGCCGGAGACGCAGCAGGGAGGCCCGCCCGUCACGCCUAGCCCCCACCUGGCCAGGACGCACACCACAGCAGGCGCCACGCCGCACCCAUCUCGCUCGAGAACCCAAACGCGCCAGACGCAGGCGGGUACGCGCGACCUCACCGCAGAGCUCGUGGCCCGUGGCCCAUUCCACCCGCUGCCGCCGCCGAUCCCGCAGGGCACCGUCGUCACGGGAAACUACCCGCCGCCGAACGAAGAAGACUACUGGGUAGACAUGCCGGACCUGGACUACGGCGCGAUUGACCUCGAGAACGCGGGGGGCUCUAGUACCAACCUCGCGCAUACUCGCAUGUACAUGGGAGGUGUAGACCCCGACGUGCCGGUCCUCUCGCGGCAGAUGGCACGGGCCAUCUACGGGAUGCAGUAUGUCCCACCCUUCCGAGACGCUGAUCUCAGCCAAGCCCGCAACGAGUGGCUCCGCGCUAGCCAAGCCGCGAGGCGCGAGAUGCUAGCCGGCCCGUCGAGGGCUAGCUUCCGCAGGACCAACUCUCUCGGUCUGGCUGGGGCACCGCCGCCGCCUGGAGGCCAAAACCUGGCAGACAACGUCGCCAUGGAAGUAGACCACGCGCAGGACCAAGCUGGGACGCGGCCUAGCACCCCGGCGCCCCCCAACGAGGCACCCGCGGCUGAGCCAGACGUCGCCAACCACCCGCCGAACCCCCGGAACCUGAAGGACGCCGGGGACAGAUCGCACAUCGUGCAGAUCCGGCACCCUGACGGCCUACAGAGAGGGAUGAUACCGGCCCUCCCUGCCAUCGGCGACUUCGCCUUCACUCCCCGGCCCCUGGACGGCUUCCCUAAAGUCUACUUCGAUGAACCUGACGCACUCUUCCGCGACCUGGCCAAAUCGAAGCAAGACAUGCUCCGCCGGCAACCCCAGCUCAACACGGUCCUCUUCCUGAUCUACAACCUGGGGUACCCGAGGCAAGGCCAGGCCCGAGGCAUAGCGGUCACGCUGGCGAGGGUUGUGACGAUCAUCACGGGACAACAGAACCCGCACCUUGUACCGCCGGAGGCAGACGCGAGCUCGCGAAACCCGCCGGCCACAUGGGCGGCAGUCGACCUCCUCCCGGACAGCGUAGCUCGCCUGCUGGAAGGGAGGGUCUGGUCCUGCCGCGCCAUAACCCUCAUCGCAUUCCCGUGCAGAAAUCGCACCCCGACGUACGCCCUCACGAUUGCUGGAUUCAUCCACGCCGAUCUCAUCGAAGGCACUGUCCGGGAGACCCUCGAAGGACCACUAGUGCUGCCGGCGAUCGAGAGGUACCUCGAUACAAACCCGGACUUCGCGUACUUCGAGACGGCUCAGGCCGUCUCCUACAUUCUCAGCACUCUCAAAGUACGCGUCGAGGAGCUCGGGAGCGGGAACCUUGUAGCCCGCAUCUACAUCGAGCCCCCCACGCACACGCCCCAGCAAUGGGCCGAAUGGAAGAGCCUCCUUCGCUCCCUUUCCUUCGAAAACGACUACGACCUCCCCGCGACGGCGCGCGACAACGUCUAUUGCGCUGGGUGCCAUGGAGCAGACCACCCCACCACCCUCUGUCCCUUCCAGAACGUCCCAUCCUGGAACGCCCCUCCGGCUGGGGGCCACUACUCGAGCAUGGUCGUCCAGUCGGCGCAGAGGAACGCGGCCGCGCAGGGCAACACCGCUGGCCCAGGCCGCUUCACGUCGAACGCCCCAGCCGGCCCUGGUUUCGGGCGAGGCAGGGGAUUCGCCAAACGAGGCAGCGGUUUCGCGGGUAAACGAGGCAGGGGACAGUAG